UCGUGUGACACCGCGCUGUCAAAAGCAGGAAGUCAAAAUGUUAAGCUGUAUAAUUCGCGCGGCAUCAUCUUUCGUUGAGCAAUUUUAACACUUUUAAGUUUGAUAACAUAUUAACAGAAAGCAGCUGAACGUGUGUGUUUUCUACGUAAGGUACACGGCAUGCUAACCAGACUACCCCUUGAACAGAGUAAAUCCAGACACGAGUUCCACUAAUGCUCAUGAUUAGUCCCAAAAUGGCAUCAGGGGUGCAAGAAAAACAGUACACACCAUGUCUACAAAAUUUUUUCAUUUAUAACCCUACAUUUGGACCCCGGGAAGGAGAAGAAGAGAAAAAGAUUUUGUUUUACCACCCAUGUGAGGUUGAGAAGAAUGAGAAGAUUCGAAAUGUGGGUCUUUGUGAAGCUAUUGUACAGUUCACCAGGACGUUCUGUCCAACAAAACCAGCAAAAUCUCUGCACACACAGAAAAACCGGCAGUUUUUCUUUGAGCCUGAGGAAAAUUUCUGGAUAGUCAUGGUGGUUCGAAACCCAAUUAUUGAGAAGCCAAGCAAAGAUGGUAAGCCUCCCACGACAGAGUAUCAGGAAGAGGAAAUGCUUGACACUGUUUACGGGGCCGUGGUCAGGCAGUGCUACAGCAUGUACAAGCUCUUCAACGGCACAUUUAGUCGAGCGAUGGAAGCCGGAGGCGUCGAACUGCUCAUCCAAAAGCUUGAAAAGUUUUUCUACAGGUAUCUGCAGACCCUCCACCUGCAGUCAUGCGACCUGCUGGAUGUUUUCGGAGGCAUCAGCUUCUUCCCUCUGGACAAGAUGACCUACCUGAAGAUUCAGUCUUUUGUAAACAGAGUGGAGGAGAGCCUCAGCCUGAUCAAAUACACAGCCUUCCUCUACAAUGACCAGCUCAUAUGGAGUGGGCUGGAGCAAGACGACAUGAGGAUCCUGUACAAGUAUCUGACCACCUCGCUGUUCCCCAGGCAUUCAGAACCAGAGUUGGCCGGCAGGGACUCUCCUCUGAAGCCAGAAGUUGCAGGAAAUUUGUUGCACUAUGGAAGGUUUUUAACCGGACCUACGAACCUCAAAGAUCCAGAGGCUAAAUUCAGAUUCCCCAAAAUAUUUGUCUUCGCAGGAGACGGCUACGAGGAGCUGCAUCUUAUUGUUUACAAGGCUAUGAGCGCUGCUGCCUGUUUUAUGAUCAGUGCUUCUGUAGAGCUGACGAGGGAGUUCUGCGAGCAGCUGGACAGCUUGGUGGGCCCUCAGCUCACACUGCUGGCAUCGGACAUUUGUGAACAGUUCACCAUUAACCGCAGGAUAUCUGGGCCGGAGAAGGAGCCCCAGUUUAAGUUCAUCUACUUUAACCACAUGAACCUGGCAGAGAAGAGCACCAUUCAUAUGAGAAAAACUGCCACCGUUUGUCUCACUUCUGUCCAUUCUGACCUCAUGAAGAUUCUGGGAGACAUCAACUGUGACUUUGCCAGGGUUGAUGAAGAUGAGGAAAUCAUCGUAAAAGCCAUGACAGACUACUGGGUAGUUGGCAAGAAGUCAGAUCAGAGGGAGCUGUACGUGAUCCUAAAUCAAAAGAAUGCCAAUCUGAUUGAAGUUAACGAGGAAGUUAAGAGGCUUUGUGCAACACAGUUUAACAACAUAUUCUUCUUGGACUGAGCGGACAGAGACUGUUCACACAAAAAAAACUGUCAACAUCGCAGGAUUUCAGUGACAGCAUCAGCGUAAUGCAAUUAUUGCAUUGUAUAAUAAACAAUAAUAUUGAAAA